UCUGUUGCCGGUCUCUGCAGAAACGAAGUUCUGGAGUUUAUGUUGUUUUCUUCUUCCAGGGAUUUCAGGGUGGUUGAGCUCACAGAGAGGUGCAUUUUUAUGUGUUACAAAGAUGCAGAGACAGGGAAAUUGGGUGUAGAAAGCCAAUGAAUUUGCCGAAACUGUAAGCAUAUGGGAUUCUCUGGUCGCCACAUGAAGUCUUUGGCUUGCAAAUGCCUCUCUUUUGUGUUUAUUGCCCUUCUUUUCAGAGCUUUACUGUUUCCUACUUUCCCCAGUUUUGGUGGGUUCCAACAGAACAACUUAUAUCUGGUCCACAGUUCUUCUUCACAAUUACAUUCCGAAUUUGGAGUUAGGAAAGAUAAGUUCCUUGAGGUUCCCCAGAUUGUUUGGGGACUAAACAAUCAGAAAAUUGCUUUUGCAAGGGCAUGUCUGACUGCAAGAAUGCUGAACAGAACUCUGUUGAUGCCUAACUUUAGUGCUUCAUUGUUUUACAAAGAAGUUGAACUAUUGCAGCCUAUUUCUUUUGAUAAGGUUUUUAAUUUUCAAAGGUUUAAUUCCAUCUGUAAAGGGUUUGUGCAUUUGGGUCAUUUCUCAGAUAUUUCUAAUCGCGCUAGAGUGUUUGAGCUUCAGAAAGGAAGUGGAAGGAAGUGGACUGCGGAGAGAGAUUUGAAUCAAUUGAGACAGAUUAAAGAGGAUUCAGCUGAUGAUUUUGAGGUCAUUCGGAUCAUUGGUAAGAAUCCAUUUUUGUGGCAUGACCAUUGGCCUGUUAAUGAUUAUGCAAAGGUCUUUGAAUGUUUAGUUUUAGUAGAUGAGAUAGCAGAGGAAGCCGAAAAAGUUGUUUCUAAGAUUAGACAAAUGGGAAGUAGCCCAGGGAGAGAAACUGAUACUGUAAGAACUAAUGUUGACUCAAAUAAUUCUUCUUCCCAGCCUACACCCUAUGUUGCUGUCCACAUGAGGGUGGAGAAAGAUUGGAUGAUUCAUUGCAAAAAGCUAGAGCAGAGGUCCAACAUUAACCAAAUCUGCAGCAGUAAAGAGGAGAUUGUGGAGAGGGUAGGGCACAUUGUUGGUAUGAGAGGCCGCACUAUCAUUUAUCUCGCCAUAGCUGAUAGUCUUCUUGAAGAUUCCUCAAUCUUGAGUGGUUGGAAGGAAGGGUUGCUUCUUUUUGAAAAGAAGAAGUUGGGAGUCUGGGAUAUCUACGAGAAAUACCCUUACCUCAUUAAAUCAGCAAUUGACUAUGAAGUGUGCUUGAGGGCUGAUGUCUUUGUUGGGAAUAGCUUUUCUACAUUUUCUAAUCUUAUAGUACUAGAGAGGACGCAGAAAAUGAUCAGAAUGGGUGUGACAAGAUCAUGUGACAUGGAUGCAAGAUGGCCGUCUUAUGCCUAUAAUAUUUUGGGGGAAUCUGGAGGACCUCAGAGAUGGAUGACCAAAAUGUCUGAUUCAAGCCUCCGAGCCAUUAGCUAUGGUACUAAUAACAUCUCUUGCUGAAAGUUCUGCAGUUCUUUUGUUCUCCAAAGACCUAUUGGCUCCACUUCUGUUCAGUUACAGAAUUGAAAACUUCAGCUUCAAGGGUUGGUAUGUCUUCAAGAAUAUAUUCUUUGUAAAGAAGAGUAAUAAUAAUGACAUCAGGUGAUAGUCAAAAUUAGUUUUUAUUUUUGUAAAUUGAAAACAUUUUUAAUUCUUUUUUGAUGAUUAACAAGUUAUAUUUACAUGUGUUCAUAGUCUCAUAGAGAAGAUUUUCAUGUUUCUUUGGAAAUGUUUGUAGAACAUGGUCUUGGCCAAUGUAGGAGGUCUAAUUUUUUU